AUGGGCGGGGUAUUUUCGAAGAAAAAAGAAAGUAAUGUAACAGAACUACAACGUAACAUAUUGGUAAGUAAUUGACAGUUUAGUUUUUAUAUUUUUAGCAAUUAAAAUUGGGAAGAGAUCAAUGCAAACGAAGGAUAAAGGCCUAUAACAACCAGCUAGAUCAACAUAAACAAAUGGCUAAAGAAUUGUUGAAAAAUGGACGAAAAGAGUAGGUAAAACAAGUUUAAUAGAUAAAAUUUACAGUGUUUUUUUAUUGAGAAAUAGUUAAGGUUUAGUUCAAUAAAAGGUAUAAAAUUAAAAUUUUAUCAACUCAUGUCUGAUCUCUAACACAAUAUCGUUUUGUUUUCAAAUUCAUAUAAAAUUGAACCCAAAUAAAGAAAAAUAUUUUAGUCGAGCGCUGUUGAUGUUAAAACGCAAAAAGUUUGUGGAAACCCAGAUGGCUCGGGUUGAUGGUCAACUGGAUAAGCUGGAGCAAGUAAUAGCUGAUGUGGAACAUGCUCAGAUGAAUAACAUGGUAUUGUCGAGUUUGGAAAAGGGUCGAGACGCUUUGACCGAGAUAAAUAAUGUAUGGAUUUUGUUUUUGCUUAAUUUUUAGGUACAUUCAGCUUUGAUUGAAAGAGUUAUGGUCUAAAACCGAGAAACUUUAUGAAUAAAAUUGAUGGGUUUGACCUAAAACAAUACUAUAAAUGUUUUUGGGUAAAAUGGAUGUUAACAUAUGUAUUUAUAGAUGUAAAAUAACCACAAGAGCCUAUUCUUUCUAAAAAUUAUAAUUUUAGGCAUAUCCAGUUGAAUUGGCACAGAAAAUCCUGGAAGAUUCUGAAGAAGCAGCUGAAUAUCAACAAGAGAUCACAGAAAUGUUGACAGGACAAUUAAAUGAUGUUGAUAUGGAGGAUGUAGAAAAAGAAUUUGAUGAACUAGUCCUAAUGGAGCUUCCGGAUGCACCAGAGACCGAAUUCGAAGAGGUUAAGGAAAAGGCUGGCAUCAAGAAGAAGGUGGCGGAGAAGAGGACAGCAGUGGCUUUGGAAGCCUAA